AUGCUCCGUCCCUCACGCUGCGCUCUUCUUCUCCUCUCACUUUUCCACCCGGUCACCAAUGAUACGAAAAUGAUGAAAAUAUUCGGCACGGUGCUCGACGCCUCGCCAUCUUCUGCUGUUUCUGCGCAAUCGUUGGACUCGGCCGCCGCCUGUAUUGACGCGUGUUUCGACGACGAUUCGUGUGUUUUGGCUGCUUUUUCGGAAAAUUCGCAAGCAUGUACUCUGUACUCGAACGUGGCUAGUUUGAGAAUGAGUGUGAAAGAAAGUGCGCAGGAGGAGCAGACCUACGUGGUUUUUAAGGUUCGGAUAUCUUACAGCUUUAGCGACCGUACUCCAAAUGCGCUUUAGACUGUGCUCCCAGACAGCUCGUGUCCAGCCUCUUACACCACAAUCAGCUUCCAAGCCCCCACCGCCAAUGACGCGAUUUCUUGGUCUUUUGAUAAAACGGCCUCAACUUGGACACUGGUGACGUGUAGAGACGACUGGAAACGAUUCGAAAGGGAGGAUAAGAAUGUUGUGUGCAUGCAAGCGUUCCCUCUGCCCGCCAAUUCGUCCAAAUCCUCUGCCGAAGAGUAUUGUGUUCAACUCGACACAGUUCUGACUGGUGUCGAUUCUGUGGAAGAGACGAAAUGGUUGCAAGGUGAGCGAUAUUAUCGCUUUCAUAACACUUUUGGAACAGAAAUUUUCUAAUAAUUACUUUCAGAACAGAUACCGAAUAUGGCGGAAACAUAUGAGAACUACGCCGGUCUAUGGAUUGACGGAGUCCGCGAUUGUGAAGGAACGUGUGAUUAUAACUACACGGCGGUCAGUUUCGGAGCAUUAGAGUUAUCGGAAAUAGUGUAUUACAUCCCACGGAACCCCAGCAUUCCAAUGCGCAAGCGAGUUGUCAAUGGGGCGCGCUUGCAUCCACCGUCGACUCGGAGUUUCUUUUUUCAAUUAAAAACCAGAAUUCUUUCGUUUUUCUCUUAAUAAACACUUAAAUUUUGUUCUUUGCGAACCGUGGGGCCAUUGUUUGAGUUAAAAUCAUCGAUUUAAGCGCGAAACGGAGCAGAUUAGUUCAGAAUUGACCAAAUUGAGGAAUUUUGUCGAAAACUACAGAAAAAAACGAAGUUUUAACGAUUAUUCGCCGAAUCGAGUUCGGACACUGGCAUUCGAACCGUCUCCAGUCAACAAGGAGUUUAUUGCGCAUCUUUUAAGCGCUCAACCGUCGAAAAAUAUACAGAAUUGAGAUAAUUGAGGCAAAUUUUCGAUUCCAAACGGAAAAAAAUUCGGUAAUUUUCACAUAAAACGUUUCGAAAUUGAUGACGAAGCAGUUAACAUUUCAUUUUUUUAUUCAUUUCUAAUCAUUAUCAUAAGUUUUGACACUGACUGGUUCUGAAAAGAUGGGGAUAAUGCAAAAAAAGGGGGAAAAUUGAAAUGAGAAACUCUACAACGACGCUCCGGAAUUACGCGUUACGCGCCUUGUUUAGCGCACCUGAAUUGCGUGCCAAGGGAAUUUUUUAUUGGAAGGCUCGGAUUCCGUGCGCAUCCUUCUGGAAAAGAGAAACAGAAAAGCUAAAGUUUCAGUCCUUCACCUGGUCUGACGGCUACACAACUGGAAUCAGGGCCAUGACUGAGGACAACGUAAUGUUCUCGUUUGAGGACGAAUAG